UCAAAACCGUCCAACUUCCUCACCACCAUUUCCACACCUCUAUACCACUUUCUACUACUUCAAAAUCUCUCUCCAACCUCAGAAAAAAAAAGCUAAAUUAUUUAUCAUAAUAUUAUGGCUAAAUCAAUCUUUAUAAUCAUGAUUAUAAUGGUUUUAUUGGGUUGUAUCAUUUCUAGUAGUGAAGGUGGUCCAACAACAACCACAUACAAUGUGGUGAGUUUUGGAGCCGUGGGAGAUGGUAAAACCGAUUCGACCAAAGCCUUUUUGGGCGCUUGGUCGAAAGCGUGCGGCUCGGGUAACCGAGCCGUCAUUUACGUGCCUCAAGGGAGAUUUUUUGUGAAGAGUGUGAAUUUUAAUGGGAAUAAUUGCAAGAACAAUGCUAUUUCUUUUCAAAUUGUGGGAACACUUGUGGCUCCAUCUGAUUAUAGAAUUAUUGGAAAUUCUGGGAAUUGGAUUAUAUUUGAGGAUGUUAAUGGAGUCAGCUUUAAUGGUGGUGUUCUUGAUGGUCAAGGUACUGGGCUUUGGAAUUGUAAAAACUCUGGCAACAAUUGCCCUAUCGGAGCCACCACAUUGCAAUUUUCAAACUCGAAGAAUAUAAAAAUAGCAGGAGUAACAUCUUUAAACAGCCAAAUGUUCCACAUAGUAAUACACAGUUGCAACAACGUUAAAAUCCAAGGCGUAAAAGUAACAGCCUCAGCAACAAGUCCCAACACAGACGGAAUCCACGUCCAACAAUCCUCCGCCGUUACAAUCCUAAACUCCAAAAUCGGAACCGGAGACGAUUGCAUCUCAAUCGGCCCAGGAACCACAAAUCUCUGGAUCGAAAACAUCUCCUGCGGACCAGGCCACGGUAUUAGCAUAGGCAGCUUAGGAAAAGAGCUAAAAGAGCCAGGUGUACAAAACGUUACUGUCAAAACGGUGUCGUUUAAACAAACCCAAAAUGGGCUUAGAAUCAAAUCUUGGGGAAGGCCCAGUAACGGUUUUGCUAAAGAUAUUUUGUUCCAACAUGCUGUUAUGGUUAAUGUUGAGAAUCCAAUUUUGAUUGACCAAAAUUACUGCCCGGAUCAGAAGGGCUGCCCCGGUCAGGUCUCUGGGGUUGAGAUUAGUAAUGUGAGUUAUCAAGAUGUGCAUGGGAGUUCUGCUACUGAAGUUGCUGUUAAUUUUGAUUGUAGCUCUAAAAAUCCUUGUAGUGGAAUUAAGCUUCAAGAUGUUAAACUUACUUAUAAUAAUAAUAAAGCUGCUGUGGCGUCGUGUGCACACGCGGAUGGGAGCGCGUAUGGAUUGGUUCAGCCUUCUAGUUGUUUGUUGUAGGUUCAAGUUAUGUAUUACUAGUUACUAGUUAGUAACUAGUUACUAGUUACUACUAGCUAAGCUAGUUUUGUUUGUUAUAGGACUUUUUCUUUGUGUGUGUAAUUGGAAAAAAUAGAAGAAGAAAAAGGGUGAUUAAGAAUUAUUA